AAUAUAAGGCCACUGGCAAAGAAUCCACUUAAAAUCAAAUACAUUCCACCUUGAUCAGCCGAUUAAAACACACAUUUUACACACGGACACAAUUACCUCACAAGUCAAGAUAUAUCACAAUAUCAGACCGACCUGACCGUCAACAGGGUCAACAGUAUCUGUACGAUCCGUACUGUGAUCACUUGAUCGACUGUGAUUGGGUCACACAAAUGCGAUUCGCUAUAUUGCAAUAGUCGUAUUGUGAUUGGUUCUAUCUAGUUCAGUCCGACCGAGUCCGACUGAGUAGAGAUGGCAGAUAAUCCUAUGUUUCCCCCUUCCCCUAUGACAGUUACUUCUACUUGUCUGAGCGGGUCUGAGGCUGCAGAAGUGCAUCUCAAGAUUAUUUGUUGAAACACAUUCGUCACAUCCGCUCUUGGGCCACCGCGUCUAGAUGCCGCCACUGCUUAUUUCUCGUCAGCGUAGCCUAGUUUUGCCUAUCGCAUGUUCCAUAACCUAUAAUUUUAUUUUAAAUAAGGUUUGGAAUUGUGAUUCUAGAUGUGUAGUUAGCAAUGCGACUGAGGGCUAUAUGGAUAAUCACUGUAAAUAAAAACGUGUCUUUACCAUUAUUUUCACGGCAAGUUAUUAAGCUAAUGAAAUUUAUGCAGACUAAUGCAGCAAUCUUGAAUGCAUCUUUUUACUUUCAGCUUUAGAAAUAUAAAUGUGAGGUGUGAUUAAUGUUGGAGGGGAAAGCAUUCAUACCUUUACUGACCAGUUAUUCAGCUAGAUAUGCGGAAAAAGUCGGGAGGAAUCCGUCGAGUGUCGUGGCUUUUUUAUUCCUUGGGCGCUUCCUAUUCAGUGGCCAUUAUCGUAAAGCGAACUCGACCCUUUUUUUUGUGUGUGUAUAAGUUAUGAGCAAUGCCAACAUUUUCGAAACAACGUUAUGGCACUUCUCAAUAGUUGAGGCAUGCAGCAAAUCAGUGUGUGGAGAUGCCUAUAUAGGCAUACCAUCAGAUGAAUCAUUUGUGAAAGCCCUGCGCACAGAAGUGGCCCUGAUAGAUGCAGGGACAUUUGUUGAAUCAAGAGACAGUGCCAACAAGCCUAUUCUUUACCCAACAUUUGAAAUUGUUCUGAAGGAGAACAAGAGUUUGUGGCCUGUUGUCGUGUUGGAAAACCAAGGUUUGCUGUAUUGUGCAUUACCACUGAUACAGCAGGAAGUGGUGACACAGAAAGAUAAAGCAGAUAUUACACUUGCUGACCUGCCUGGUGUCUCACUGGCAGUAGAAGCCCUCAAUGGACUAGUCCAGUGUGCUCCGCUAACUUCCAGUAUGACUUCCUUGAAUACAGCACUGACCAUGCAGGUUCACCAGUUUGUGAACACAUGUAUGUCUUUUGGUCGUGUCACAUGCUCAAAUCCAUUUCUUGUGUCACAGCUUAUCAACCCCUCUGGCAAAGGGAAGGCCAAGCAGCCAUUAUGGAACCCAGUACCACACAAAGCCAAGUCACAAGUUAUUAUUCACAUCAAGGAAGAAGUGAGAUGCAUGCAGUUCAAUCACAAUGAAGUCAGAGAUGCUAUGGAUGUGUAUGGGUCUGUAACUUGCAAAUCGGAGGUUGAAGGCACAGCCCCAGAAAUCUGCAUCACUCUCAUUCAGCCAGGAGGUAAUGAUCAGAACAUUAAUGGAGGAGGGUUGACAGUAAGUUCUGCUGUGUCCAGCAUUGAAUAUACAGCCACCACAUCACGGUUGAGGUUCCGACCAUGCAAUAACCAGCCACUUUGCCACUAUACUCUGCCUCAUCUAACCAAGCCACCAAUAUAUGGGGAAUUUAAAUUAAGGCUGAACAAGAGCCUGGUGACAGUGUAUCUGCAACUGCAACUUCAGGCUGGCAUAAGGAACCAUUUCCAGCAGCUUGAGGCACACAUUCCCUUCUAUGGGCUGCAGGUGUCAAUUGUGAAGCCCAGUUCAUCAGUUGGGUCUGUCUCGGUACAAUCCGGCAGCACACUGGUGUGGAAUGUGGGUAGCAAAUUUCCUACCAAGUUGCUGAAUGCCACACUAAGCACUGUGUGCAAACUGCGAAGGAAGAUAGACAGUUCAGCUGAGCAGGAAGUUGGUGGAAAAGACAUGAAUGGAUGGGAGCAGUUCACCAGUUCCUGUGCACUGGUGCUAUUCAAGAUGGCAGACUACACAUACAGUGGCACAAGAGUGGACCCACAAUCCAUCAUGGUUUCUUCAGCACCUAAAGUUCGCUGUACAGUGACCACAGAAUGUGUGUCCAGCCAGUACAAAAUAUGGAACAGUGAGGCAGAGGUGCCCAGUGUGACAGAUAUGCCUGUACAAGAUCUGCAGAAGCUGCUGAUUGAAUAGUGUUUAGUGUUCCCUCCUGUUUCUAUGCCAGAUGUCAAGAUCAUUACACGAAAGUUGUAACCAACCCUUUGU